UUUCUGUCCAUCUGUGUUUUCUGUGGUAACUGAGUUCUACCAUUCGCGGUGGAAAUGCACAACUACUAAAUGGCAGAUAUCAGCCACCAUACCGGAGCCAUGUUUAAAGACGCCUUGAGUUGCUACCAAUGUUUGAGUGUGUCCAGUCCUGAAAACUGCAAUACACAGGUCACGUGUCCGGAUGGUCAGAUAUGCUACGCUGAGAGAUAUGGUUCCGGUACGUCUACUGCCUACAAUAUGUUAUGCAAGGCGAAGGAGCUCUGUAACCCAGUAGUGGGACGUGACCUCUCAUCACGUGACGUAUGCAGUUCUUGUUGUGACUCUGACGGAUGUAACCAGUACGCAUGCGCACCAGUCUCUACCACUGUUCAGACGACAGUAGCGGGACAGAUAACAUGCGACACGAGUGCCGGGUACCAGUUGUUUACCAACACAGCAGGAUCCGCUCAGUUAUGCGCAAAGAUCCAUAGCGAGCGCAAGUCCUGGGAUGAGGCCCGGACCAUGUGUCAAUCUGAAGGCGGGGACCUUGUUGUUCUUGACUCGGCGGCCAAGUCGCUGUUGAUGAAACACCAAGUGUACCAGCAUCGACACACCGGGUAUUGGAUCGGCGGGAAAGAUCUUCUCGGCCAGGACACAUUUCAAUGGGUCAAUAACCAGGACAUCGCCCUGGACAUUGGAGAUUGGGCAAACGGGCAGCCGAACAAUUUCGAUGGAGGUCACGCCCAGGACUGUGUCAACAUGUGGGGUCAGGACGACUAUGAAUGGCACGACGAUAUGUGUGCCAGGCCCCUCGAGUUUAUCUGUGAACGCUCCUAGGCGCCGUCGGCCAACGGAAGAGGCGAUCAGUCCUACUACGUGUACCAUAAAUUUGAUUGAUAUUCAA